AUGAAUAUGUUCCAACUAUUAUUCACAAAAUUUGCUGAUAUUUUAUUAUCAUCCAGAACUUAUCCGUUCUUGUAAUGUCAGCCAUCCAUCUAAAAUUAAGUAAAAGAAAUAGGCGUUAUUUGGACUAAAGAAAUGAAUGCUAAUGUAAGACAGUUACUCUAAAACAAUUGGAGGACAUCUCAAUAGAAUGAAAUGAUUGUGUAAUUUUUUAUUGAAAAUGAUGGAAACUCUUUCUUAGUUGAGGAAUGGUGUCUAAUUUAAUAACAAGGCACUAUUUCUAAUCAGUUAACUAAUAAAAAUAGUAAUUCAUUACUCAAAUAAUUAACUAUUUGGUUACGAUCUGCAAUUGCCAUGAUGACUAUGACAUCUAUAUUUUAAGAAGAACUCAUUACAAAAUAAUAUAAAGUCUCACAUAGUUUAUUAUUUUAUAAUAAGAAUACUAAAAAAAGAAGUGAUUGGAUAGAUGACUCAAAAUUAUAAGUUAAAAAGAUCACAACUAAAUUUCUUAACUAACAAAACCUUUAAUUAACAAUAGCUUAAUAGGGAUCAUUAGAAUAAGUAUUGUAACAACGAAUUAAUAGAACUGAGUCACCUUUAUAUAAAAGAUGUCGUUAUAUGAGUGAAUAAAUUUAUGAUAAAGACUCAUAAGUAUUUUAAAGGAAAAUGACUAUGGAUUCUGAAUAGUUGGAUUAACAAAAAUCUAAUCUAAUAGACAAUACUUCACCUUCAUCUGCAAACAAUCUCAAUAGAUCAUUCAUUUCAGUAUAUUCCAAAAAAGAAGAAGUUGAAUUAUUAUUUACUCCUGAAGAAGCAGUUUUAAAAUUAUAAGAUAAAAAUUUUUUAGAUGAAGAUUAUGAAAUUAAUAUGAUGACAAAUGAUCAUAUUUAAAAAGAAAUCUUUAUUUCUCAAAUUAUGAUUACUAAUAAGCUUUCAAUAGAAGAAAAGAACUGUUAAUAAUAAACUAUUAGCAUCUUAAAGAAUGUUCACAACAAAUCAAAAAAUAAAAGAAUUAGAUCUCUUCAAAUUACUAGAUUAUUGAGUUUCUAUAGAUAACUGUCAUGA